CCGGCGGUGGAAAUGAAAUGGUCGCACUGUGGAAUUUAUGUGGAAUUAUUAAUAGGUUGCUUGGUCUUAAUACUGAAUUCUUUACAGAAACAAGCAGAGUAACUUCCCAAAGAACGAAGAUUGGGACUAUGAAGCAUUUUACGGGUUAAACAAAGCAUAUUCCUUCCCUAGGAUGGACAGUUACUUCAAAGCUGCUGUAUGUGACUUGGACAAACUCUUGGAUGAUUUUGAAUUAAACACAGAGGAGGCUGAGAGCACAUCUACAGCGUUCACAAAUUCUGCAUGCCAGGACCCAACCGUCUACUCCCAGUGCUUUAUACCUGAACCAUCCACGGUUUCACAAACUCUCCCUGAUGUUAAUUCCCUGCAUUAUGGUCCAACUGCACCUGUUAGUGCCCCUGACCAAAGAGAUCAAGAUACAAAAGGGAGGGUGUUAACUGGUGUUGACCUCCUAUCCUCUGUUGACAGCAGAGCUUCCAAAAGCUUGACUCCUCCUUGUCCAGAUAGAUCUUUGAAACCUAUAUGUGACCUUGUUAAUGAUACAGGGUCAGCUAGUCUCCCAAGCACAAACAGUCAUGAUGCCUUCAAAGAGCUAGAGGUUGCUGAGAAACAGCUUGAGGAGGAGCUGCUUGUCGAUUUUGAUAGUCCAGCUGUUUUCUAUCCAGAGAACAUACAGCCCGGCCAUGAUGACUUGCAGGGUCUGGAUGCUGGUGGCCAUUUUGAUGGUCCCUCAAACUGUUUUAGUUUGCUGGAUGUUAUAUUGCCUGCAGCUGUGGAGAGAACUGCCGACCCUCAGAAUAUUUCAAAUGACUUAGAGCCUUUAGAUAAUAAUAAUAAGGUUGAGGUGCCUCGAAGUAGCUGUCCAGAUGCGUCUAAUUCAUCUGAACUCCAGAGCAACUCCCAGUGCACUUUAGAACCUGAAAGAACCCCCAAUAGCCUGAUCUGUUCAAGUGCAACAGAGGAGGACACUGCAGCAAUUGCUGAUGUCGGUACAAGUCUACCUAAAGUACCAGAUAAGGAGCACUGUGUGGACAACGGUGAUCGGGAUCAUGAAAUUACGACAGGCAUUCCCACCAGCGAAAGAGAAGCUUCUCUAUCCUGCGUCCCCAUGACGGUAUCCAUGUGUGGAUCUCUUGUGGCUUCUUUAGAUCAGGAGACGAUGGGGAUUGAAACCAAAGACAGCACAGAAAUCCCUCCCUCUGAAUCUAAAGAGACCCCAGACGCUGAAAACUUGAUUGUUCCAUCUGCAGAAGUUGAGACGUCUCUAUGUCUUAGCCAGCCAGAUUCCUCACCUGAAGAUGACCCCGAACUGGUACAAAUAAUGUCAAACCCAGGAGGGCCAACAACUCUUAUGCCGACUUCUCUCUGUAACAGAAUGUUAGAAUGCAGAUUAUCUCUUUCAGAUAAUCUCAUGUCUAGAGACCUUCCUGAGAGUAGCCAAGCUCCCAGAAAUGCACAGAGCCCUGAUUACCCAAUAGAGUUUGAUUUUACCAGCGAUUACCUUCCUGAAAGUGAGCAAAAUAUGAUGAUGGUAACAGAUGAAGAACUAGAUGCUUAUCUAAUGGGUGAGUCACAGAGAAACAACUCUGAGCUUUCAGCUGAGAAAUUUGUGGACGAAGGCUUUUCAGAAUUUAACGGGGAUUUAGAGGGAGAGUUACGAACCUGCCCAGUUGAUUCAUUUGCCUCACCUGAAAGUGACCGGUCUCUUCGCUUUUUAGACGAGAGCGAAGGUUCUAAUGUUUCUUCCUCAUCUCAGGAGAGUAGUCCCUUGAAACCGGAUACCACACAAACAGAUAACAUGGAAAACGCGCCGAGUUUGACUGAGAUUCAGUCGGUCUGCAAUGCAAACCAGUCGCCAUGUUACGGUGGAGCCCGACCAAAGCAGCUGUCCAGCCAAAAUGUAAGACCGUUUCUACCACAAGAUGGACAAAAUAGCCAAUCUGAGGAGAAUGUAUCAAAUUCCGAGGAGGAGAAUAUCUCUCCUGUAACUCCCGUUGUGAGACAGGUUUCUAACCAUGCUGACAGUAACUCUGAAACGUCCAGUCAUAGUGACAACUGUGAUCACAUUUAUGGCCAUGAAGAGCUUUCGGAGCCACCUCCUUACCCAGGAGAGACUUCUGGAGAAGCAGUCGAUCAGUCAGGAACAGAGGAUAGAGGCCUUGGUUGGAGGCAGCCACCCUGGGUCCCUGAUUCUGAGGCACCUAACUGCAUGAAAUGUGGGCAAAAGUUCACCUUUACCAAGCGGAGACAUCACUGCAGAGCAUGUGGAAAAGUAUAUUGUGCCAUUUGCUGCAACCGUAAAUGCAAGCUGAAAUACAUGGAGAAAGAUGCCAGAGUUUGUGUGGUCUGCUAUGAAACUAUACAAAGAGCUCAGGCCCUUGAGAGAAUGAUGAGCCCUACCGGGCCUAGUCCGAAUCCUAACAUCCCAUCUGAGUACUGCUCGACGAUUCCUCCCAUGCAGCAGGCUCAAGCAGCAGGCACCCUCAACUCCCCACCCCCCACCGUCAUGGUCCCAGUCUCGGUUCUCAAGCAUCCUGGUAAUGAUGGAUUCCCAAGAGAACAGAAGCACGUCUGGUUUGCUGAUGGAAUACUGCCUAAUGGCGAGGUGGCAGAUACCACUAGGCUUUCCAUAAAGCCACGGCGAUCCUCUCAGGACUCCAGCCCAGUUACACCAGACCCUCCAACGCCAAUUAACAAAUUCCCAGAAGGAAAUGAAGGGUCAGCACACACCUCUGAGACUGGUUCAGAGGCACCAAAGAAGGCAGUCAGUGGGCCCUGGGACUAUGUGUUACUCUGUGGCCUGGGUAGCUGUGUGCAGCGGGCUCCAAGUCUCCUGCCCAAGGAUGACGAUGGUCUACCACCACUGCUCAUCACCACAGGAGAGGAAGAUGGAGAGGAUUUGUUAGUGGAGGAGCGUCCUGCUGCCUGUCAGAUUAUGCUGCUGUUAGAGGAAGGAGGUCCGAGACCUUUGACGUUUGUGCUCAACGCCAACCUCUUGAUCAAUGUCAAGCUCACUGCAUACUGUGGGCGGAAGUGCUGGUGUUUGAGCUCUAACGGUCUUCAGGGAGUCGGUCAGAGAGAACUGGCUUUCGUUAUUGAGCGUCUCCCGGAGGAGAACAGUCUGCCUAGAGACAUCUUCAGUCUUUACAUAAACGUAUACCAAGACGCCCAGAAGGGGAAAUAUAUCAAGGAGCUUGGCAAUGUGACGUUUGCAGACAGUUUACUGGGCAGUAAGGAACAUGGUGGCUUCCUCUUUCUCUCUCCAAGCUUUCAGCCGCUGGAGGAUCUUGGCCUGCCUCACAGCUCCUUCCUGUUUGGGAUCCUCAUUCAUAAAUUGGAGGUACCCUGGGCAAAAGUGUUCCCCCUCCGCUUAGUACUCAGUAUGGGAGCAGAAUGUAAUGUGUAUCCCUGUCCUUUGGUUAGUGUCCGGUUCCGAGAAUCUGUCUUCAGAGAGACGGGACAUACCAUCAUGAACCUACUUGCGGACCUGAGGAACUACCAGUACAGUGUGCCUGUAGUCGACAGCCUGAGGAUCCACAUGGAACUGGGCAACAGCUAUAUUGACAUACCCAAGUCAAAGUUUAACGAGAUGCUGAAAGUUGUGAAUUCUUCCAAUGAGCAUGUAAUAAGCGUUGGGGCUUGCUUCAGUACUGAAGCAGACUCACACUUGAUAUGUGUUCAAAAUGAAGACGGAAGUUACCAAACACAAGCCAAUAGCAUUCAGGGAAAGACCAGAAGAGUAACCGGAGCAAGCUUUGUGGUUUUUAAUGGUGCUUUGAAGGCCUCUUCAGGAUAUAUUGCCAAAUCUAGCAUUGUUGAAGACGGGUUAAUGGUGCAAAUCCCACCAGAGACAAUGGAAGCUCUGCGCCAGGCCCUAAGGGAUCAGACAGACUUCAGAAUCACCUGUGGAAAAACUGACACAGCACCAGAGGACAGAGAAAACAUCAACGUACGCUGGGUGGACUGGACGUCUCCCGUCAAUAUAGGCAUCAUCAGCCCCAUAGAUGGCAAGUCUCUAGAGGGCGUGCCCAGUAUCCACAUGCAGCAGGACUCAGAGUUUGAGAUGGACGGGCGGACUAUCAAGUGCACCGAGGUCUUUUACCUUCUGAAGACCCCAGACUGCUCCCACUCUGCUGUUCUCUCCUCUUGCUCUCAGUUCCAGAGAGAGAUCGCCACUGCCAGCUGUGCAGCGCUGUGUCCUCACCUCUCUGUCCUCAUUGCAAAUGGAAUUAACCAUCUUGCACUUCGGGUCUCUACUGAUACUGACAUGGUUGAAUACCAGGCCGGCUCAGGCGGAAAUCUUCUGCCUCAGAAAUAUAUGAAUGAGUUAGAUGGGGCACUGAUACCCGUUAUUCACGGUGGAAGCUCCUGCGUCCCACACCAAGCCAUGGACGUGGAGCUGUUCUUCUAUAUUACACAGACCCUUUGAGUGUGACGCCGGAGAGCAGCAGAGCCCUCCACUGACAAGGAUGUUGUCCUUCCUUUAUACCAAUUAAAAGCUGGACAAACAGCCAAAAUGAGCAGACAUGGUAAACUCUGACGAGGUAUGGAAAGUGAGCAACUUUUGCAAACGAGCUGUAAUUGAUCUCAGAGUUCAUGAAAGUUCAGAAAAAUGACAUUAGAUUUUAAUUUGUCUGUACUGGAUGCAGUUUGUUAAUGUGUUAUGGACACAAAAUUAAUAGUAUUUUCUAUGAGAUUAGAAAGAAUGAGAGGCACUGUAUUCUUUAAUCAGAAGGAUUUUUGAGACAGUAAAUUUUGAAUUUUCAGUAUUUUUUUUUUCUUCAUUGGUACAUUCUUGGUGUUACUCUUGGAAGAAGCUUCAUUUCAUCCCAUGUUCUGUAUGAAGAACAUUCAUUAUUUUCUUUAACUGCAACAGGUGAUCCUUCCUUUAAUACACAAGGGUUAUUGAGCUCUUCAAUUUUUUUUUUUUCCAAAAUUUGUACAUGGAGUCAUUUCUCAGUUCUGUUAAGCUUGUAUUAAGCUUGAAGACUAUUUUUGCAAUAGUUACACAUGUUAAAUAAAGAUUAUAUUUUUGAUAGGCCAUUAUGUUAGUUUUACAGUCUCAUUGCAAAAGAGCUGAUUUUGAACUGGCAUCCUAUGAGGACCAUAACUGUCAUACUCAUCCAUUACACAUUACAUUGAUAAUGACGAUGAUGAUGAUAAUAAUGUGAAAUGUAAAACUGCAUAAUUAGCUCAGUUAGAAAUAUCUUUUUGCCCCUAUUCUAUUGCAGAAGGAUUAUAUUUAAAAGCAGACGAAUUAAAAUGGAAUAAAGUUUUUAAAACCAACUCCAUACCUUAACACUACAAACCGUGAAUGUUUUAAAUUUACUGACCUAUUAUUUUUAAUAAAGUCUGUUUUAAUAUAAAUUGUUUUUAGUGACCUAUGUAUUUGACUUGAGUCAUAUCAAUUCAAGUGACAAAUAAUGUAGCGCUCACAAAUCCUCUGGUCUGAUCUUUUAAGACUUUGCUGACUUUAUAAUAGAGACACAUUUUGCUUUUUUUUUUUUUGUCCCAACAUCACAGUAUUACCAUAUUUCUCCACUGUAUAGUUCAUGAGAAAGAACUGCUGACCAUUACCGAUGACAAGUUUUAAAGGGGAGGAGAACACUAUAGCAUUUUAAUAAAUGAAACAAUAUAUUACACCUUAUUUGCAUUAGAAAAUGAAUGAAACAAGACGACACCAAUAUUAUUUGUGGGAAACUUUGGCAUUUUUUUUAAAUAUGUGUUUCAUUUUCUGCCAAUUUCUGUGGCUUACAGUGAAAAGAGAAUCAUUUGCAUUAUGAGAAGUCAUUGAGCUAAUUUAUUGAGUGCAGAGAAAGGACAUGUUCUUGAAAACCAGCAUAAAAUGAAGUUCUUGGAUGCCAGCCAUCAACAGGUUCCAAAAUACAGAAUAUGCACUUUCAUAACAUGAACCUAAUGACCAAGAAGUGAUUGUAUGUUCUUAUUAAACUUCAUGUAAUGUGUAUACUGCAUCUUCAGUUUGUGAUUUUUGCCUGAAGAUGAUUGUGAUUAGACGGUGUAUAAUUCUACAUCAUACUUUCUAUGAACUGUCUCUCUUCAUGAAACCAUAUAAAAGAGCCUGCCAAAUUAAA